CAUGGAGAAAGCGUUCACGCCUUUGAAGUUUCAUGGAGAACAGGUUUUAUGGCGAUAGCCUGCGAUAGCCCAGUAAUUACAUUAUAUAAACCACGAGAAAAUGGAAUGAUAAUGCCUUGCCACCCAGAGAUGAGCACAGUAGAAAAUAUUGGACAAAUAACCGAUGCCCACCGACUGGUUCCCACUGCAGUCAGGUUUUCGGAAGAUUCACAGUGGGUUAUUAGUGCUGGGGAAGACGAAACACUUGCUGUUUCUUCUGUUCGUAAGUUGAAAAGGGUUUUUGUAUGUACUGAGUUUAUCACAAGACGACAUUGCAUGGCCUUUAUGAAUACGUUUACUUCUCUCUGUAUACUCGCAUCUCCACCCGAAACAUCUGUACUAAUUAUUGCGGCAUGUGCGACGGAUGGAACGGUUGUUCAAUGGGUUGUUAAUCCGGCAACCUCAAGAUCUAGCUACACGAAAAAACUGCAGCUUCAUCUUGGGGCGCUUGUGGCUAUGGAUAUUAUGCGUGACGGCACUGGAUCCUAA